AUGGCUGACACAUCCGGAGGGGGGCUGGCCCCGGCGCCGGUUCCAUCCGGCGCCUCCCUUUCACCGCCGUCCAACAGCGAGUUGGACUUCUGUGCGGAGAACGAAUUUGUGACCAUCGUUCCGGCUGUCCGGCUCCCCCGGAUGAAUCUCGUCACGCUGACCCUCAUGCCCUCCCCCGCAACAUCGUGCUUGGGCUUUGACAACCAACAGGGCACCAUUGGACCAUUGCAUCCCCAGCGCGAGACCCUCGUUCCUCUCUGGCUUGCGCUGAUGCUCAAACGGGCUGGCCGGGCACGCAUCCGGCCGCCCGAGUGGCUGACCGAGGACGCCCUUCGGCUAUACCUAAAGGCGGAGAUCGCCUCGAGCGCUUUCUCGCCUCUGCCUUUCCGGUACCUGGAAAUUUCACAGCUCAUCCUCCAAGCGGCGCCGGACGAUAUGUGA